GUUCAUUUUAAAAACUUGUUGCCCGGUCGUUCCGUAUCAGUCGUCGCCUUCCCUCGAAUGUACGGACGUCCAAAGCGAUCCCACCCUCGCGGUGGCGGCUGCCCUCAACAGCAGGCGGCGCCGCCUGUAAACGUUGGCGCUAACUUCCAAAACCCUAACAUCUUCUCCCAAACAGUCCCAGCUUACCCACCUCACACUCAGAACCCUGGCAUCUCCUCCCAACCAGUCCCAACGUACUUGUCUCACCCUCAGUUUCAAAACUUUGGUUUCCCCCUUCAAGACCCUUGUUGGCCUUUCCAGCAAAACCCUGCUUUGCCUCCUCAAAACGUAUGCUGUUUUCCUGCUCAGCAGUUUCCUUCCAGUUCGGUCCAAACCCCAAGUUCUUCUGUGAAUCCCAAAGAACUGUUAGAGAAGAUUGACCUUGCUGUUAUUAAGGUUCGUGAUGAUCUUCUUAAGGCUGGAGAGUCUGUCUCCGCUUGGAAUGUAUCUCAGAAAGCAUUGUUGAUGCUCCAAGUUGAUUCAUGGAGCUCCUUGGGGAUCAAAAUGCAGCAAGUUUCGUCUCUUCACCGUCUAUUGAUGAUUGAAGGAAAGGUAAAUGCAUUUGUCCAUUGCUUUGUUGGAGUUCAAAGAAUCACUUCAUUAUAUGAUUUGGAAGUGGCAAUUUGCAAGCAUGAGGGUGUUGAUGAUUUUAAAGAUCUAGGGGUGGGACCAUUUUUACGGCACCCUCUAGUGAUGCAUUAUUUCUCAAUUCCUUCCCUUGUUACUGAAGUGUUUAAGAUAACUAGCGAGGAGAUAAUAUACUUCCUUAUUGAGUUAUUAGAUGCUUCUAAAAAAGGAGAAAUCAGGGUUGAAGAGUUAUUGGAUUUUAUUGCCAAGAAGAAAUCAGUCAAAUCCAAGGAAUUGCUUGGAAUUCGAGUUCAGAACUUGGGUAUGUAUAUAUCUGCCAUACGGGAAGUUAGGAAUUCACAGCAAUCCACCUUAAAAAAAUGCUUGAAGACAUUGAAGUUGGAAAGUGAGGGCAGGAAGAAGCGUCCACUUUUUUCCUCACAGAAGAAGCAACUAGAUGAACGUUUCAGUACCAUUUCUCGGCGUGUUGAAACAUUUUCUUCUGCAGAAAAGGUUUUCAGUGGCACGCACAUAAGAUUUACAUCUAGCUCAGAAGAUGAUGAUAGUGCUUGUUCUUUAGACGAAAGUCAAAAUGAUAAUGCUAUUGUAGGAAGUCAGUUAAAGUCGUCAUCAUCACCAUUUGGAAAAGAUACAGAGAGAGUUAGUAGCUGUCCUUACCCUUCUGCUACUGAGGAGAUAAAACGGCUUGGGUUGCAAGGUGACAGGUCAGGAAAUUCUCCUUUUAAUGCCAACCUUAGGAAGGGACAUGAUGAGCCAACCAAAAAGAAAAGACAAUCUGAAAAUGUAACCAGCAAUAAAUCUGCUCCUUCUAAGUUGUUCAAGAGACAAAAGGGAGAAGUUGAUGCAAUUUCACUGGAGAAUGAGGACAGUGCCAAGGUGGUGAGCAACACCAACAACAGUCUUUCAAUUACUGAUGAGUCUUUGCAGAUGUUUGUCACAACAUGGAAGGAAGCAUGUUGGGGGCAAAAUGUCACUGAGGUUUUGGAGAGGAUGCUUCAAUUUUAUGGAAUGAAGUCUAAACGGAGAAGGAAGAUCACAUUGAUGUUCUCAUCUUAUCCUUUCAUUGGGUUACUAAAUGCUGCUGUUUCCUCCAUUAAAUCUGGAUUGUGGAAUAGCAUGUAUGAUUCCUUCCAGGCUAUCAGCAAUAAUGAACUAGACAACUCACAUGCCAACAAGGAUUCUGAGUAUGAGACCAUUGAUGUUGGACCAAGUGACAAGAUUGUGCCGGUUGUAACAAAGAACAACACACAGAAUAUAAAUUGCUAUUCUACUCAAGACAUCAUCGGAAAAAUUGAAGCCUAUGUACGUGAUAGUGAUGUACCUAACUUUUGUCAGUCAUCAGUACAAAAUAAAAUUACAUUGUUGAGGAAACUUCAAAACUGUGAAAGUUGGGUGACUGAGCAGUUUUGUGUACAGAACUUUGGUUCUCUUGGUUAUGGGGAUUUCCUAUUCUUCCUUGAGAAGUAUGUUUCCCAGUUACCUCAUGAGAUGCUCAAAUUGUUGGUUGGGGGCACAUGUGAAAAAUCCUCUUUGGAAGCCUGCAUGCCAUCAAAUCAGUUGGCUGCUCUAAUGUCACAAGCUUUUUUAAGUUUGUGGGAGGAUCAAACCGUAACCAAACAGAUGAUUUCUUCACUCCUUAUGAGGCAAUUUCCAGCAGUUGGUUUUGAACUUAUGGAAGAUAAUUCCCUGGAAGAUUUUCUAGAUACUUUACGAAAGCAUAAAGCCAGUGUAACAUCAAAACGUGUUCUAUUUUCUGCAACAAUGAUAGAAAAGUACCAUUUCCGAGAUUCAUUAAGCCAUGGAGAUGAUGAUUGGUUUGAAGCUACUACUGAGAAGUUUGAUAUGGACCAGAAAUUAAAAAUCUCUGGAAAUGUUACAUCUAGAAAUGCAAUUGAAAUCUUACUUAGGGCACCAAUGUUGUCUGACUUAAGCAAGUGGUCGCAUUGGGAUCUUAUGUUUGCUCCUUCCCUUGGAUCUCUUACAUCAUGGUUGUUGGAAGUAAAUACCGACGAGUUGUUGUGUUUGGUUGCCAAAGAUGGAAAAGUGCUGCGUUUAGAUCCCUCUGCUUCUUUGGACUCUUUCCUUGAGGCUGCAGUUCAAGGAUCUUCUUUCCAAACAGCAGUGAAUUUGAUAUCUUUAUUUUGUCUAUUUGGGGGAGAGAACUAUGUUCCAUUGUCACUUCUAAAAUGCCAUUCUCACCAUGCUUUUGAAGUCAUGUUGAGAAAUGCCUUGGAAAAUAUGGAAGUCAGUGAUGGUAGGCAUUCUGUGCUGCCUGGGGAAGCAUUAAAUGAUAUGACAAAUUUUGCCGACAUUUCAACAACUAAUACGAGAAGUGAGUUGUGCAAACAUAUACAAAAAACAAAUAAGGCAGUGCCCAUCCUAUCAAGGUUUGUCCUUAAUUGUGUUGGUUAUCUACCUGCUGAAUUUCAUAGUUUUGCUGCUGAUGUGUUGCUUUCGGGAAUGCAAUCUGUUUUCAAGGAUGCUGCUUCUGCUAUUUUAUGUGAAUGCAACAAGGAAGAACGUCUCAUGCUUCAUGAAGUAGGACUGUUUCUAGGUGUUUUGGAAUGGAUUAAUGAUUACCAUGCAUUUAUUUCAAGUGACAAUUAUAAACUAUUGUGUGCUGGUGAUUCAUGCUUGGAUGCUGGUAAAACUAAGGUAAGCAUAGGCUUGAAGCAUGACCAAGACAUUAAAAAUAAAUUUCCUGUGCCUGAAGAAAAUAUGAUUGAAUCAUCUACGGCAAGUGGGUUUAUCAAAGUUUGUUGUGAAUUAGGUCAAGCAGCUGACAUAGGAAAAUCCAAUAAUGAUGAACUGGUCUAUAAUAGCUUGCAAGAUGAAUCUUGGCUCCUUGAAGAAAAGGAUGCAUCUCUGGUCAUUGAAUCUAUCAGGCGGGAUGAAUUUGGUUUAGAUCCUAGUCUUUCUGAUAGUGAGAGCAACAUGUUGAAGAAGCAACAUGCCCGCUUAGGGAGGGCAGUUCAUUGUCUUUCUCAAGAGCUGUAUUCUCAAGAUUCACAUUUUAUUCUUGAACUGGUUCAGAAUGCAGAUGAUAAUAAUUAUCCAGAGAAUGAGGAACCAACACUGAUAUUUAUUCUUCACGAUUCUGGUAUUGUUGUUUUGAAUAAUGAACAAGGUUUCUCUGCAGAAAAUAUGCGGGCACUUUGUGAUGUUGGAAAUUCAACAAAGAAAGGGUCUAAUGCUGGAUACAUAGGGCAGAAAGGCAUAGGUUUCAAGUCUGUUUUUCGAGUGACGGAUGCUCCAGAGAUUCACUCUAAUGGAUUUCAUGUCAAGUUUGACAUCAGUGAAGGCCAAAUUGGCUUUGUUUUGCCUACAGUAGUACAUCCUUGCGAUAUUGGCAUGUUCAGUAGGAUGGCAUCUACUGAUAUUGAUUCAUGUGAUACUAAUCCUUGGAAAACAUGCAUCCUGCUUCCAUUCAGGUCUCAUCUGUCUGAAGGAACUAUCAUGAAUAGCAUCAUUUCUAUGUUUUCAGAUCUUCAUCCUUCAUUAUUGCUGUUCCUUCACCGCCUCAAGUGUCUCAAGUUAAGAAACCUUCUCAAUGAUACACUUACUGAUAUGAGAAAAGAGAUUGUAGGAGAUGGUAUUGUUCGGGUUUCAUAUGGGGAAGAAAAAAUGACUUGGUUUGUAGUAUCUCAGAAGUUGCAGGUACCUCCGAAGUUGCAGGCAAAUUCUCUUCGUUUGGAUGUGCAAACAACUGAAAUCUCCAUGGCGUUUACUCUGCAGGAAUCUGAUAAUAGUUACAGUCCAUGUUUGGAUCAGCAGCCAGUUUUUGCAUUUCUCCCUUUAAGAACAUAUGGCCUGAAGUUUAUUCUUCAAGGUGAUUUUGUUCUACCUUCAUCCAGAGAGGAAGUUGAUGGUGAUAGUCCCUGGAAUCAGUGGUUAUUGUCAGAGUACCCUAGCUUGUUUAUCAGAGCUCAAAGAGAGUUUUGUGAACUUCCUUCUUUCAGGAGCAAUCCAGGAAAAGCAUUGUCUGCUUUCAUGAGUUUUGUUCCUUUAGUUGGAGAAGUACAUGGCUUUUUCUUCAGUCUUCCCCGUUUGAUAAUUAAUAAUCUACGUAUGGCAAACUGCUUACUUGUGGACAGUAGCAAGAAUCAAUGGGCCCCUCCAUGCAAGGUCCUUAGAGGUUGGACUGAACAAGUGCGCAGUAUUCUUACUGAUGACUUACUUUAUGAACACAUUGGACUCAGAUUCUUGGAUAAAGAUGUAGAGUUAUCUGAUGCACUAUCCAAGGCACUAGGCAUUAGGGAGUUUGGAGUGAAUAUUCUUGUAGAAGUAAUGUCAAAGAUAUGUAGCAGAAGUAGUGGGAUGAUAUCAAUGGGUAUGAGUUGGUUGGCUUCUUUUCUUGAUACAAUCUAUGUAACACUAUCUUAUUCAUCUGGUAAAAUGUCAGGAAGUUUUGAAACAAGGGAGGAUAUUCUAGAAAGUCUUAAACAAAUUCCAUUUAUUCCACUUUCAGAUGGUGCAUACAGUUCAGUUAGUGAUGGCACUAUAUGGUUGCACUUAAAUAGUUUAAGCACGGGGUUUGAUGGUGUGCAAAAAAUUGAAGUCUUCCCUAAUAUAUGUGCUAAUCUUCGAACUGUAGCUCCUUCCCUUCUUUCUUCUUCUAGUGAUACUUCAUGCUUGAAUUCGGCUGUUGUGGACAAUGUUACCAGGUUGCUUCAGAGUAUUGGAGUUCAAAAGUUAUCUGGCCAUGAUAUAGUAAAGCUACAUAUCUUACCAGCUAUGUCUGAUGUAAAAAGGGCUGACCAAUACAGAAUGUUGAUGAUUGAAUACAUAUGUUUUGUCAUGCUGCACCUGAGAUCUACCUGCUCUGAGUGUUUUGUUGAGAGGGAGCUUAUAAUUUCAGAGUUACGAUGCAAAUCUUUGUUAUUGACAAAUUAUGGUUUUAAAAAUCUUGGUAAUGUACCAAUUCAUUUCAGCAGAGAUUAUGGAAAUCCAGUUAAUGCAAAAAUGUUGGCUGAUACUGUAGAUAUGAAUUGGCCCGAGAUUGACAUCAACUAUCUAAAGCACCCAGUUAAUGAAUCUCUUUCAUGUGGACUGGAAAAUUGGAGGGAGUUUUUUCAGGAAAUUGGCAUCACAGAUUUCGCUCAAAUAGUUCAGGUGGACAAGAGUGUUGCUGAUGUAUGUGAUUUUACUUUUAAGCAUGUGAUGUUGGAUAAGGGUCUGAUAUCUCCUGAACUGUUAGUGAAAGAUUGGGAAUCCCCAGAACUAGUGCAGUUGCUAACCCUGUUGUCUACAAGUAGUAGCAAGGAAAAUUGUCAGCAUCUCUUGGAAAUUCUUGACACAUUAUGGGAUGCUUGUUACAGUGAUAAAACCACAAGUUACUUCUCUAAAUCUGAUGGGGAUGAUUAUCCCUUUAAGACUAGUCUUAUGCACAACAUGUGUGAUAUGCAAUGGGUAGCGUCAACAAUGGAUGAUGAGCUUCACUAUCCUAAAGAUUUAUUUUAUGAUUGUGAAGCAGUUCGAAUGAUUCUGGGAGCUUCUGCACCAUAUGCUGUUCCAAAGGUGAGAAGUGAAAGGCUGGUAAGUGAUAUUGGAUUUAAGACUAGAGUUACCCUCAGUGAUAUUUUGGAGAUUCUUAGAGCCUGGAGAAAAUUGAAGCCUCCAUUCAAUGCAAGCAUAACACAAAUGUCCAGAUUGUAUGCAUUCAUCUGGAAUGAAAUGACAUCAUCAAGGCAGAAAACAAUGGAGCAAUUGAUGUCAGGACCUUUUAUAUUUAUUCCAAACUCAUCUGUCACUAGGCAUGAUGACGUUGUAUGUGGAAUUUUAGUGCCUCCUUCUGAAGUCUAUUGGCAUGAUUUAACUGGCUCUGUCGACCAAGUGAAUGACAUUGGUCCUCAAAGUUGUUCAAAUGAGAGUACUUGUUCCUCUAUCAACAAGUCUUUAUGUAAAAUCUACCCUGGCCUUCGUGGAUUCUUUGUUGAUGAAUGUGGAGUGCAUGAGGCACCUCCUAUGCGCAGCUACAUUCAUAUUUUGCAGCAGCUUUCAACUGUCACUUUACCUUCACAAGCAGCCAAUAAAGUUCUCAAUGUUUUCCUCAAGUGGGCAGAUGAAUUGAAAUCAGGGAAGCUGAGUAUUGAGGAUUUAAUAUAUUUGAAAGAAUGCCUUUCAACAUUGGAAUUUCCAGUGCUUCCCACAAUCCAAGAUAAGUGGGUUUCACUGCAUCCUUCCUUUGGUCUAGUGUGCUGGUGUGAUGAUGAUAAUUUGAAAAAAGAAUUUAAGCAUUCAGAUAACCUUGAUUUUCUUUACUUGGGAGAACUCGCUGAUGAGGAUCAAGACAUCCUUCAACAAAAUCUUUCAAUCCUCUUGAAAGCCUUGGGCAUUUCAUCUGUGUCAGAGAUUGUAACUCGUGAAGCAAUAUAUUAUGGUCUUGCCGAUUGUGGCCUGAAAGCAUCAUUGAUAAACUGGGCUCUUCCAUACGCUCAGCGCUAUAUAUAUAAAGUUCAUAAUGAUAAAUUUUUUCAAUUGAAGGAGUCCGGAUUUGAUUUUCUGAAUCACCUUAAAGUCAUUGUUGUAGAGAAGCUGUUUUACAGGAAUGUCAUAAAGGUUUGCGGGGGUGUAUCAAAAAAGCGAGUUGAAUGCAGUUGUCUUCUGCAGGAAAAUAUUUUGUAUGCCACGCAAGCUGCUGAUCAUCAUUCUUUGUUUAUGGAGCUUUCUCGCUUGUUAUUUGAUGGCACUCCUGAGUUGCACUUGGCCAAUUUCCUUCAUAUGAUAACAACAAUGGCAGAAUCUGGUUCCUCGAAGGAGCAAAUAGAAUUUUUCAUACUAAAUAGCCAAAAUGUGCCUGACAUUCCUGAUGAAGAAUCAGUUUGGACUCUCUCUUUGUCUUCAUUGAUGGAGACCAAUAACUUACAACCGUCAGAUCAUGUACAGAAAACAAAUGAACAGAUCUUUCCAAAAAGGAAGACUGGAGUAUACUUAAACUGGCCACCUGCUGACUGGAAAACUGCACCCGAUUUUAGUUAUGCCCGUGCCAAUGGAUUCAAGACGCAGGCUGCACAGACUGGUGGCUGCAUAGAAGUGAAGAAAGAUGAUUCCGACAGCCUUAAUUUCUUACCAUUUUGUGCUGAUCCAGAAUCAGUUGCUGCUGACUGGACUAUUGAAGAUGAGCAGGCAGGAAGUACAGCAGUAUUAGUGUUGCAUGAAAGUGACAACUUGGAAGAUCAAUCCUGCCAAGACAGCUAUCAAACUCCUCAUACUGGAUCUGACACUGUUAGUCUAGAAGAGGCUAUUUAUGAACCUUGUAUGAGUUCAGCUUUUAGUAAGAGAGAUCAGCUCAUAACUGGCACACCUGAUGCAGCACAAGCAAGGGCAACAGGAAGACUGGGUGAGCUCCUUUCACACAAAUACUUUGUUAGGAAAGUUGGUAAAGCUGCUGUAAAGUGGGUUAAUGAAUCAAAAGAAACGGGGCUCCCAUAUGACUUAGUCAUUGGGGAGGAGCCCAGUAAAGAGUAUAUAGAAGUUAAAUCUACAAGAUCUUCAAGAAAAGAUUGGUUCAAUAUAACAGUGAGAGAAUGGCAGUUUGCGGUUGAUAAAGGCGAAUCUUUUAGUAUUGUCCAUGUAGCAUUAACAGAAAAUAAUGUUGCCAGAAUCACAAUAUUCAAAGAUCCAGUGAAGUUAUGCCAGCAAGGUUUACUGCAAUUGGCUGUUCUGAUGCCAAAACAACGGGAGUUCUCUGCCAUCUCUUAGCUGCUACUCCUUUUAAACCCUAUUGUAAUGAUGGACCUGAUGAAGCCACCCUGGUAUCAUGUUUGUGCUACCUUUAGCUUCCAGACUUGGCAUUAUCUUUAAUGGGGAAUUAUCUUCUGAAGUGACUUCUUAAAAGAGGGAGAAGUGGUCCUAUGUCUGUAAUCUGGAGAGACAGUGGGCUUUACUUCACCCCUCUUCGUCUCAUUUCAUUUGGAUCACACUUCGGCAGAGACUCUCGUAAUGGUCGCAAUAUUUUAAUUCUCCGCAUCAUAGUUCCAGCGUCUUCCCCAAGAAAACGAUGCCGGAGGCAGUGUGGGAAUUGUGGCUUCGCUGUGUUUAUGGUUUAAACUUAUUCACAGUCACACUCCCAUUCGAUUGAUCUUCAAUAGGGUCCAGUGAAAUCAGGUUUAAAACGGAUCGUCGCCAUUGGAUGGAUGAAGCAUGCAAAAAAUUUGUCGUCACUGGGUAGUUUAUCAUGCAAAAAUUUUCGUGUAACAUUAUAGUACUUUUUUAACAUUCUUGUCAAUAUUUAAGUUAGAUGAUGACCUUGGAAAGAUGCGGAUUUGUAAGCUUCCUAAAAUGAAUGUAAAUGUUUUUUGUAUUCUGAAAGUUAGUAUUAAA